CCCAAAGUGCUGGGAUUACAGGCGUGAGCCACCAUGCCCGGCCAGUGGUAGUCUUUUAAUGUGGUCUCUGCUCUCUUUAGCUAACUCCCUUUUUAGCUACAGAGGAGAGCAUAAGAGAAAACAUCAUCAUCGCUUCUAUUUACUGAGUGCCUAGUAUAUACUAAGUGCUGGAAUUAUUGCAUUUAAUCUUCGCAAAAAGCCCUACUGAAUACACGAACCUCGUGAGCAGGUCUGCAUCUGUUUCUCUCUUACUAUGCAGACUAAGUCUAGUACAGUGCCUGGCACAUGGCACGCCCUCAAGGCCGUGGAUAUGAUCAUAUCCAUUUUAUAACAUAAGGAAAAUGAGGCUGGAAGAGUUCACACAGUCAGUGUAAGUAGCAGAGUCAGGAUUUGAACCAAACUGUUCAGCACCAGGGAGAAUUUUCUGGCGUCUAAAAGCACUAGUGAGGGACUGAGGGAGGAGAAAGUUUUAAAAAGUAAGAUUAAAGAAAAAAGUAACUACUUGUCUGUGUGGAAGCUGAGGUGGAAGAAGGGCUUCACGGAAACCCUCUCUGAUGAAAUCAUCCCUCGUUUUUGAACAGCAAUUUUAGCUUUUCCAGUUUCUGUGUGCGCUGUUGGUGCAGGUGUGUUACUCUUCUCAUUUUGCAGAUGAGGAAACUGAGGCACAUAGGUUACAUGAGAAAGUAGGAGAUAGAGGACUGGAACAUGAUACUUUGAAUAAAGAAUGUCUCAGCCCCUGGGCAACUGCAGGGAGUCGCUGAGAAACAAGUUUCCCCGGGAGUAGACUCCUAGCUCGCUCAGAUCCUUCCCAUUCCACAUCGUGUCUGGAGCGGGGAAAAAAAAAUUCUUCCCUUCCAGAAGCAAAGUCCCGCAACUUCUUAGUCUUCCCUAGAGACAGGAAAGGAAACCCACCGGGACUACACCUUCCGACGACCUUUGCAAAUCGUGCGGAACGCAGGCGCCCUGAAACGGCGUGCGCACUACGAUUCCCGGCAGCCUCGGACGGGUGCGGGACUACAUUUCCCAGGGGGCAGAGGCAGGGGCGGGAGGGGGCGGGCCGCGGCGCUGCUCCCGCCCCUCCCCCGUGCUCGCGGGGAGAGGUAAACAAACCACGCGCGGGCUGCCGGCGGCACGGCGGGCGCGGCUGGCGCGGCUGGGGCGGCUGGGGCGGCGGAGAGCGCGCCGAGCCGCGGCCGGGCUGGCCCGCCCGCCCGUCGCACAUGUUCCGGGACGGCGCCUGGUCGUAGCCGCCUGCGGCGCCUCCUGUCGGCCCGGGAAGGGAGUGCGGAGAGGCGCCGGUCGCCACCCGCGGUGCCCAUGGAGCGGGUGAGGAUGAUCAACGUGCAGCGUCUGCUGGAGGCUGCCGAGUUUUUGGAGCGCCGGGAGCGAGAGUGUGAACAUGGCUACGCCUCUUCGUUCCCGUCCAUGCCGAGCCCCCGACUACAGCAUUCAAAGCCCCCACGGAGGUUGAGCCGGGCACAGAAACACAGCAGCGGGAGCAGCAACACCAGCACUGCCAACAGAUCUACACACAAUGAGCUGGAAAAGAAUCGACGAGCUCAUCUGCGCCUUUGUUUAGAACGCUUGAAAGUUCUGAUUCCACUAGGACCAGACUGCACCAGGCACACAACACUUGGUUUGCUCAACAAAGCCAAAGCACACAUCAAGAAACUUGAAGAAGCUGAAAGAAAAAGCCAGCACCAGCUCGAGAAUUUGGAACGAGAACAGAGAUUUUUAAAGUGGCGACUGGAACAGCUGCAGGGUCCUCAGGAGAUGGAACGAAUACGAAUGGACAGCAUUGGAUCAACUAUUUCUUCAGAUCGUUCUGAUUCAGAGCGAGAGGAGAUUGAAGUGGAUGUUGAAAGCACAGAGUUCUCCCAUGGAGAAGUGGACAAUAUAAGUACCACCAGCAUCAGUGACAUUGAUGACCACAGCAGCCUGCCGAGUAUUGGGAGUGACGAGGGUUACUCCAGUGCCAGUGUCAAACUUUCAUUCACUUCAUAGAACCCAGCAUGACAUAACAGUGCAGGGCAAAAUAUUCACUGGGCCAAUUCAAUACAAACAAUCUCUUAAAUUGGGUUCAUGAUGCAGUCUCCUCUUUAAAACUAAACAAAACAAAACUAUACUUGAACAAAAGGGUCAGAGGACCUGUAUUUAAGCAAAUACUUAGCAAAAAGUGGGGCGGAGCCUCCCAAGGAGAACAAAUAUUCAGAAUAUUCAUAUUGGAAAAAUCACAAUUUUUAAUGGCAGCAGAAAACUUGUGUAAAAUUUUCUUGAUUUGAGUUGAUUGAAAAGAGGACAUUGGAGAUGCCAUCCUCUUUCUCUUUUCUAGUUUGCUCAUACUACAUUGAGUAGACACAUUUAAGGAUGGGGUUAUGAACCCUUCCUGAGCUUUAUGGUCCUAAAAGCAAAAUAAAAACUAUUCAAAUGAAAAGACAAGAAAAUCAGGUAUUAAUCUUGGACAGCUAAUGAGCUAUUAAAACUCAGCCUGGGACAGUUUAUCAUGAAGCCUGUGGAUGAUCAAUCCUUUAUUAUUAUUAUUAUUUUUUUAAAAAGCUCAUUUCAUGCUCUGCAAAAGGAGAGACUCCCAUGAAGCCUUUUGAAAGGGAUCAUCAUGCAGCUCAGCUUUCUGUUGGAUUCCAUGCUAAGCAAGCUAACCUUAUCCUGCAUUGUUAGCACUAGGGCACCCAACUGCCAGCUCUCCAUCCUGAUGCCCUUAGGCCACAUGGGAGCAGUCCAUGCAUGACAGCCUCUAUCCUACAAGGCCUAUGAGUAUGGAUUGGGGGGCCAGAAGGAAAAAGCUCCACGUGCCUCUGCGUCUGCGUGGGUCAGAAGAGUUGUGCACGCAGAUUAGCAGGCCAAGGUCUGAGCCACAGCAGCAUUUUUAUUUCAGAUUUUGAUAACUGUUUAUAUGUGUUGAAAACCAAAAUGACAUCUUUUUAAAGCUUAUCCAUAAAAAAAACAUAGAUGUCUUUUAUAGUGGAAAAACACAUGGGGAAAAAAAUCAUCUAUUUUGAUGCAGCAUUUGAUAAUGAUAAAACACCUCACACCUCACUCUUUAUAGUGCACAAAAUGAAUGAGGUCUGGGCUAGGUAGAAGAAGGGUCAAUGCUAUUUUUGUUCUUAGAAUCAUUACCUUUUACCAGCUUUUAACCAUCUGAUAUCUAUAGUAGACACACUAUCAUAGUUAACAUAGUUAAGUUCAGCACUUGUCUCAUUUUAAUGUAAAGAUUUGCUUCCAUUUUCCUACAGGCAGUCUCUCUCUUCCUCACAGUCCCACUGUGCAGGUGCUAUUGUUACUCUUACGAAUAUUUUCAGUAAUGUUAUUUUCUUCUAAGUGAAAUUUCUAGCCUGCACUUUGAUGUCAUGUGUUCCCUUUGUCUUUCAAACUCCAAGGUUCCCCUGUGGCCCUCUCCCUUACCCUGGGAAGGCCUCUUGGAGACCUUACCCCUGGCUGUUUGGACUUUGUAUACUUUAAAUAAUUUAACUACCCUUAAUUACUUAAAAAAAAAAAAAAAAGCUUUAUGAUUUUCAUAACUUAUUGCUGAUUUUAAUGGAUUGUUAAUUUCAGUCCUGUAGUUUUAUUUUAUGUUUAGAUAGGGCUGGGCAAGGAAAAAGAAAAUAAAGACAACCAUAUUUAGCAGUGCAGUUGAGUUGUGUGUUAAUGUUAGACUAUCCCUUUGUGAGUGACACUUUAACAGCAUUCACUGCUUCUAUAUAUAGUGUACCAUCUUGGUCAUACAUUACGCCUCAACAUAUACUUGUUCUUGUGCUCUUCCUUUGCCUCCAGAAGUUUUUCCUUGAUUGUGCUAUGUUUCAGUUGGAAGAAAUACUUUGAAAUAGACGUGAGUGAAAAACUGCAUGCCUUUAGAAGCCCAGUAUCAGAACUUGCUACGUUUCAGGUGCUAGGGACUUAAUGAAAAACAUGACAAAACAAUUCAUUUUUGUGGCCCAGGUAAAUUAUUUCUGGUUUCAUUUAUAAUUACUACUGGCUGAGUCAAGAUGUUGUCUCUAUGUUUGCUUACUCUUGAUCAAGUGUGAGACAGUUUGAAGACUGUGCUACCAUGGAAAGUGAAUGAAGCCAGUGACUAAGCUUCUGUUUUGUUAUUCUCACGGCCUUCGCUUGCAUUAUUUGGGCCGUCAUUCAGAUGAACUUGAGGUGCCGCCAUUUUGUUGUAUAUGUAUAGGAUUAUGGGCUGGAAAGCAUUUGUUAUAAACCUAUAGUGCACAUUUUAACUGCCCCCUAAAUUACCCUUCCCUGGGUUUGUUUUCCUUGGGGUGGUGUAGAUUGUAUGAUGAGUAAGAAGUAUUUUUUAAAAGACAAAUCAAUUUUGAAGACACAAAAGUUAAUUGGAAGAAAUAAA